CCAAAUCCCAAGGGUUUUACAAGCUCCAGAGUGAGUGAGGGAGAAACAAAGACAGGAACUGGAGUGAACUGAUUCCAUUGCCAUGAAACUCCUUCAAUCUCUCAUAGCUCGUCGCGGAUCAUUGCGUCGGGUGGUGGGUUCGAGAAACUUCUCGGCUUCCACCGAAGAGUACAGUAAGAGAAACUACGCUGACAAUGUCGCAGAAUACAACACUGUCUUGGGUUCUCUCACAGCUAAAAGAAGGCAUUACUUGCUUAGGGAUGCGUAUGAUGACAUGGUGCUUGAUGGGGUGAUGCCAAACCGUGACACUUUCCGUUCCCUUGUUGUUGGAACCAUGAAAGGGUCUAGAUUGCAGGAUGCUUUCUUCUUCAUUAACCAAAUGAAAACCAUGGGUUUGGUUCCUGAUGUUACUUUAUACAACUUUCUAAUUUCAACUUGUGGGAAAUCCAGGAACUCUGAUCAAGCUGUUCAGAUUUUGGAGGAGAUGAAGUGUAUGCAAGUAAAGCCAAAUGUGCAAACCUACAUCUGCUUGCUAAACGCUUGUGCAGCUGAUGGACGCUUAGACCGAGUGUAUGCAAUUGUCCGGGAUAUGACUGCAGCUGGUCUAGGAUUAAACAAGUUCUGUUAUGCUGGUCUUAUAAUUGCCCACAAGAACAAAACACCUGUUCCUGAUGAUUUUGAUACAAAAGUUAUUGAGUUCGUGGAGAGGUCAAAGAUGUGGUCUUCAGUUGAAACUGACAGUGAAAAUGCAGAAAAUGUGAUGAUGGGUGUUACAGAUGAGGAGUUAUACAACUUACCGACAGCAGAAUAUGUUCAUAGACGAUUAUUUUUGGUUAGGGCACUAACAGCAUAUCAUACUGCUUUUUAUGCUGCUGCAGACCUGAAGAAUGUUCAGUUGAUGGAAACCCUUUUGGAUACACUGAGCAAGGAUAGAAAAACUCCCGAUGGCUUUAUUAUGAUGCAAAUAAUUAGGUGCCAUUGCAAUGCAGGAGAUAUCGAGCGUGCUCGUCAAACUUUAGAGGAUUACAGAAAUUCAGGAAAGCCUUUAGCUGCAGAUCUUUUUGUGACACUUGCAGAGGGGGCAAUGGUUGGGUACACUGAGAAAGGAAUGCAAAUUGCUCAAGAUGCACUGGUAGCGAUGAACCAAAGAAACUUUUCGUUAAAUCCUAGAACGGGAAGUGAUCUCCUGCUUAUAGCUGCUGGUGAAAAGACUGGUGGAUACACUACUGCUAAUUUCAUAUGGGACUUGAUGCGAGCUCGUAAUGUUACUCCUAUCCUUCCUGCAGUAGAGGCAUAUUACAAGGGCCUAAAAGAGCGUGAGAUACCUGAAAAUGAUGCAAGACUCUUGCUGGUUUCUCAAACUUACGAUAACCUUCGCUCGAGGUUUGGGAACAGGAACUGAAUUGUAGAGGUUUAAGGUCUUCAUAUAUUAUCCUUAAAGCCUUUAGCUGCCAAAGUAUUUAUUAUGUUGAAGGAAGAAUGCUUAAUUCGCGGUGGUUUUUGUUUUGUUUUUUUCCUUCUCCAAUUCAUGGAUGAGUUGGUAUGGGUUCCUAUGGAUGAUUCACUCAUGGUUGUGAUUCUUCUCAAGAGAAAGUUGAGCUAAGCUCUUAAAGAUAGCUGCUAGGUUGUAAUACCUUUUUGCUCUCAAUUUGAUAGUACACGUAUUUAUUCUUAAUGGUUUCUUUGUUGUAGAAUAAUUGCAAUUGUUUUAGUUUUGUU